GCCUGUCCGCUGGGGGCUGUCUCCGCUCCCCUGGUGGAGUGGCGGUCAAGAUGGCGGAGGUGGCUGUGGAGGCCGGGAUCUGAGUUUGUCUGCCAGCCAGCGCUGUGCCUUGGCAUUGCGUGAAGCCAGGCUGCUGCUCUUCUCCGCUUGCGGAACGUGAAACGCGCAGCCGGGCAGCCCGGGCCCUACGGGUUGUGAACGGUGGAGGAGAAGCCAGGCCUGGGUGACCUCCCUUCCGCCGCGGGAUUCUUUUUACUGAUUGCUCGUCAUGGCAACAGGAGGUGGUCCCUUUGAAGAAGGCAUGAAUGAUCAGGAUUUGCCUAGCUGGAGCAAUGAGAGCCUUGAUGACCGCCUGAACAACACGGACUGGGGAAGUCAACAGAAGAAAGCAAACAGAUCUUCAGAAAAAAACAAGAAGAAGCUUGGUGGGGAAGCAGAAGCAAGGCUUACUAAUGAUAUAUCUCCAGAAUCCACACCUGGAAUAGGACGACGGAAAAGCAGAACUCCUCGUAGUUUUCCUCAUGCUCGAUACGUGACCCAGAUGUCUGUUCCAGAGCAGGCUGAGCUGGAAAGGCUUAAACAGAGAAUAAACUUCAGUGAUCUGGAUCAGAGAAGCAUUGGAAGUGAUUCACAAGGCAGGGCAACGGCUGCUAACAACAAACGUCAAAUUAAUGAAAAUAAAAAGCCAUUCAACUUCCUGUCACUGCAAAUAAACACUAACAAAAGCAAAGAUCCUGCCUCAGGUUCCCAAAAAAAGGAAAGUGGGGUAUCAGUGCAAUGUAAAGAGUUGUUUGGAGCUGCUCUAAGCAAGGAUUUCUUGCAAAAUUGCCAAGUCUCUGCUCAAGAAGAUGGAAGGGGAGAAACAGCUAUGGAUAGUAGCCAGAUUGUGAGCAGACUAGUUCAAAUUCGCGACUAUAUUGCUAAGGCCAGCUCCAUGCGGGAUGAUCUUGUAGAGAAAAAUGAAAGAUCGGCCAAUGUUGAGCGUUUAUCACACCUUAUAGAUCACCUUAAAGAGCAGGAGAAAUCCUAUCUGAAAUUUUUGCAAAAGAUGCUUGCUAGAGAAAAUGAGGAGGAUGAUGUUCGGACUAUAGAUUCAGCUGUGGGAUCUGGUUCUGUAGGUGAGAGCACAUCGCUAAACAUUGAUGUGCAGUCUGAGGCUUCAGAUACCACGGCCAGAGAUCCUCAGCAGGAAGCUGAAGAAGAGUUGGAAAACUUGAAGAAACAGCAUGAUUUAUUGAAAAGGAUGCUACAACAGCAAGAGCAAUUGAAGGCUCUUCAAGGAAGACAGGCAGCUCUUCUUGCUUUGCAGCAUAAAGCAGAGCAAGCAAUUGCUGUCAUGGAUGAUUCUGUUGUAACAGAGACUACAGGCAGUGUUUCAGGAGUAAGCCUUACAUCAGAACUGAAUGAGGAACUGAAUGACUUAAUUCAGCGCUUUCACAACCAACUUCAUGAUUCUCAGACACAAUCUGUGCCAGACAAUAGAAGGCAAGCAGAAAGUCUUUCACUUACCAGGGAGAUUUCACAAAGCAGAAACUCUUCAAUGUCUGAGCACCUGUUGGAUGAGAAGGCACAGCUUUUUAACAAGAUGCGAAUGCUGAAGGGUAAAAAGCAGAAAAUGGACAAACUGUUAGGAGAGCUUCAUACACUUCGUGACCAACAUCUGAACAACUCCUCCUUUUUUCCUGCUUCAGGUUCUCCUCAAAGGAGUAUUGAUCAAAGAAGUACAACUUCAGCUGCUUCUGGUCCUGUAGGCAUAGUAACUGUUGUCAAUGGUGAAUCAAAUACCCUCGCGUCUGUUCCCUAUCCUCCUGAUUCCCUGGUUUCUCAGAAUGAGAGUGAAGAGGAUGACAAUUUAAAUCCAACAGAAAAGCUUCAGAAGCUAAAUGAGGUUCGUAAGAGGCUGAAUGAGUUACGCGAGUUAGUUCACUACUAUGAGCAAACAUCUGAUAUGAUGACAGAUGCUGUGAAUGAAAACACUAAAGAAGAGGAAGAAACAGAAGAAUCAGAAAGUGAUUCUGAACAUGAGGAUCCACAGCCUGUUACAAAUAUUAGAAACCCUCAAGGUAUGAGUAGUUGGAGUGAAGUAAAUUGCAACUCCAAUGUACAGUGUGGAACUAAUAACAGAGAUGGAAGACAUCUUAAUACAGACUGUGAAAUAAAUAACCGAUCUGCUGCUAAUAUGAGGACUCUAAAAAUGUCUUCCGCUCUAGACUGUUGUAAAAGGGAAGAUGGCAAAGACAUUGACCUACCCCAAGGGGAAGAUGAUGAAGUGGAAGAAGAUAGAGUUAGUGAAGAUUCCAUGUCUAGUCACAGAAGCAGCCUGGGUGAUGCUGCUGGAGAUGCUGAGUUUGAACAGAAGAUCAAUAGGCUUAUAGCUGCAAAACAGAAACUUAGACAGCUACAAAACCUGGCUGCUAUGGUGCAGGAUGAUGAUCCAGAACCUCAAGCAACAAUUGCAAAUGCAUCCAAUUCUGGUGACUUGUUGGGUGGGAUGGAAGAGACAAAGCAACAGCCAAACAAUGUCCGAACUAGUACCAACAAGUUACAAAAAGAUGCAGGGCUAAAUGAAAAAGCAAGAGAGAAGUUUUAUGAAGCUAAACUUCAGCAACAACGGGAGCUUAAGCAGUUACAAGAAGAAAGAAGAAAACUGAUUGAAAUUCAAGAAAAAAUUCAAGUGUUACAGAAAGCUUGUCCUGACCUUCAAUUGACAGCUGGUUUGGGUAACUGCCCAGCAAAUAGGCAGACUUUACUAGCAACCUCAACUCCAGCCAUGAAUGAGUGCAAUACAGCUGGCAAGCCUUUGCUUGAAUUUGAUGAAUCCAUACCACUAGGCAAUGAGUUAUGGUCUGAGAUAAGAAGACAUGAGAUUUUAAGAGAAGAAUUACGACAGAGAAGAAAGCAACUUGAAGCUUUAAUGGCUGAACAUCAGAGGAGGAGAGAGUUCACAGAAACAGUAUCUACUGUUGCUGCCUCUGUUAAAAGUGAAGGAUCAGAAGCCCGGUGUACUCCACAGCAGUGCAGAACUGAAAAGACAAUGGCUACCUGGGGCGGUUCCACCCAGUGUGCACAAGAGGAAGAGAACGGAGAUGAAGACGGUUAUCUCUCUGAUGGAGUUGGCCAGGCAGAAGAAGAGGAAGAAGAUGCCUCCAGUUUGAAUGACAGUUUCUCUGUUUAUCCCAAUAACAACAUACCAGAAAAUGCAUAUAUUGAUAAAGGAAACAAGGAUAGGUGGAAAAAAUGCCGGCCACUUUCAGCAGAUGGGAAUUACCGUCCAUUGUCUAAGUCCAGGCAACAGCAAAACAUAAGUAUGCGACGUCAGGAGAACCUUCGGUGGAUGUCUGAACUUUCAUAUGUGGAAGAAAAGGAAAGAUGGCAAGAGCAGAUCAAUCAAUUGAAGAAACAGCAUGAAUUUAGCGUCAGCAUUUGUCAAACAUUGAUGCAGGAUCAGCAGAUGCUGUCUUGUCUUCUACAGACUUUGCUUACAGGUCCUUACAAUAUGAUGCCAAAUAAUGUUCCAUCUUUACAAGUACAUCUUAUUAUGCAUCAGUUAAACCAGUGUUACUCUCAACUGUCUUGGCAGCAGAAUAACGUGCAAAGGUUGAAGCAAAUGUUAAAUGAUCUUAUGCGCCAGCAAGAACAGCAGUGUCAAGAGAAGACAUCGAGAAAGGAGAAAGGCAGUAGUACACCACCACCUCCAUCCCCUGUUUUCUGUCCGUUCAGCUUUCCUUCACAACCUAUAAAUCUGUUUAAUGUACCAGGAUUUACUAAUUUUUCUUCCUUUACUCCAGGUAUCAACUGUAAUCCAGUGUUCCCUUCUGGUUUUGGAGAUUUUGCACACAAUACUUCUCCACACAGCAGUGAGCAGCAGGAGCCACAGCAUCCUCUGGAUCAUAAUGCUUCUGAGAAAACUGAGUAUAUGACGUUCCCUAAACCUUUUGAAAGUAUAUCCUCUAAUGGAGCAGAAAAACAAAGAAGGAGUCAUAGACAAGCUGAAGAGGAAACAGAAAGAAGAUCAGCUUGGCUUAAUGAUAGCCAGGAAGUGAAAAAAGAUGAUCAGUCUCAGCUGAAAGCAGGUUUUGCAGUUUCAGGACAAAACAUUGCUUCCGGUCAUAAAAAUCAGUCUGAUAUGAGCAGAAGAAGAGACUUUGAUGAAGAGUCUUUGCAGAGUUUUAGUAGCAUGCCUGAUCCAGUAGACCCAACUACUGUGGCAAAGACAUUUAAAUCUAGAAAAGCAUCAGCGCAAGCAAGUUUGGCAUCAAAAGAUAAAACACCCAAAUCAAAGAAUAAGAGGAAGAGUUCUUCUCAGCUAAAGGGCAGAAUUAAAAAUACUGGUUAUGAAAGUGCAAGUGCUUCAAGUGUGUGUGAACCCUGCAAGAGCAAUAAAAGCAGACAUGUGGAAGAGGUGGUUCAUGCAAAGGUCUUCAGCAAAAGGAAUCGGGAACAAUUGGAAAAAAUAAUUAAAUACAGUAGAUCUACAGAAAUGUCUUCAGCGCAUGCUAGGAGAAUUCUGCAGCAGUCUAACAGAAAUGCAUGCAUUGAAGCACCAGAAACCGGUAGUGAUCUUUCUAUGUUUGAAGCUUUGCGUGACACAAUUUAUUCUGAAGUGGCAACUCUCAUUUCUCAAAAUGAGUCUCGUCCCCACUUUCUUAUUGAACUUUUCCAUGAGCUUCAGAUGCUAAAUACAGAUUACCUGAGGCAAAGGGCUCUGUAUGCUUUACAGGAUAUAGUGACGAGACAUUUAUCUGAGAACAAUGAAAGAGGGAAGUGCACAAAAUCACUGAAUUCUGGAACAUGGGUGGCAUCAAAUUCUGAACUCACUCCCAGUGAAAGCCUUCCUUCUACAGAUGAUGAAGCAUUUGGCAAGAACUUUUCUACAGAAGCAUGUCAAGGUUGUGAACAAAAUGAUGCAGACAAUAGGAGUAUUAUGUCUACAUCUUCAAAUUUUGAACCUUUUGCCACUGAUGACCUUGGCAACACAGUGAUUCACUUAGAUCAAGCUUUGGCUAGGAUGAGGGAAUAUGAGCGUAUGAAAAUUGAAGCUGAAAGUACCCUUGACUCUGAGGGCCGCUCUAGUAAUUUUCAGGGUGCUUCUGCUGCUAAAUUAGAAGGUCCAAGUAAUAGUGAAUGUCCUCCUGUGCUACAGUUAAAUGAAGUUUCUGCUAUUCCAUGUCCUCGUAUAGAUACUCAGCAGCUUGACCGGCAGAUUAAAGCAAUUAUGAAAGAGGUCAUUCCUUUUCUGAAGGAACAUAUGGAUGAAGUGUGCUCGUCACAGUUACUGACAUCAGUGAGACGUAUGGUCUUGACUCUUACACAACAAAAUGAUGAAAGUAAAGAAUUUGUGAAGUUCUUUCAUAAGCAGCUUGGCAGUAUACUUCAGGAUUCACUGGUGAAAUUUGCUGGUAGAACAUUAAAAGAUUGUGGAGAAGAUCUUCUUGUGGAGAUCUCUGAAGUGUUAUUUAAUGAAUUAGCCUUUUUUAAACUAAUGCAAGACUUGGACAACAACAGUAUUUCUGUAAAGCAGAGAUGUAAAAGAAAGACAGAAACUAGUGAAGUGAUACAAUCUUAUGCUAAAGAGGCAAAAAAAGGUGUCCAGGUGGAUGUUUGUUCAUCUGCUGAAGAUGUCGAUGAGGACAAAGACAAGGAUGAGACUGAAAAUGUUAAAGUACAGGACUCAGAAAUAUAUGAUGGUAAUGGAAUUCCUGAAAGUAUUAGGUCUGAUGUGUCUGAUCCAGAGGAAGAUGAGGAGAAUGAAAGUGGUCCAGUGGCAAUAAGUUUAUCAAAAGCAGAAACCCAGGCUUUGACUAACUAUGGCAGUGGAGAAGAUGAGAAUGAAGAUGAAGAAAUAGAGUUUGAGGAAGGGCCUGUUGAUGUGCAAACAUCACUACAAGCGAACAGUGAAACAACAACUGAAAAUGAACAGACUUCAAAGCAAGAAUUGAGUAGGACAAAAAGCAGUGAGAUUUUGUCAUCAGAACAAGAAUCUGUUAAUGUUAAAGGUGAACAAGAUGUGGCUACAAUUUUGCCUCAUUACCUCAGUGGUGUAGAGAAUACACCACUCGAUACGCCAGAAUCCUUUAUAACAGCCAGCAUGAAAACAGAAGAAUCAAGCUCCUCUUUAACAGUACAUGAAACUCAAACACUAGAUACAACAUGUGUGGAAAACAAAUCAGCUGGAAGUUCUGAAAGCUCCAUGGCUGGCAGCCCUGAUACAGAGUCACCUGUGCUGGUGAACGAAUAUGAAGCUGGUUCUGGAAAUAUAAGUCAAAAAUCUGAUGAAGAUGACUUUGUGAAAGUUGAAGACUUGCCCCUUAAACUUGCAGUCUACUCAGAGGCAGAUUUAAUGAAGAAAGUGGCAACAGAGGCACAGACCAACAGUUUGUCUGAUGAAUUACUGGGUGGAGGUGGAGCUCAAGAUCAAGAAUUAGUAGGAGAUCCCCAAGCUUUGAAAGAACCUGAAACUUUUGGAGCUCAAAGUGGAUGAGAACAACCUUGAAGCUACCUGCAUUUAUAAAUUCCUUGUAUACAAACACAUAUAGAAGAUCAUCACUUAUUUGCCAGAAUUCUGGAAGUGUAAAAAAUGUAAAAUUUCUGACAAACUGCCUCUUAGGAUAGGUAUGCUAACUUCUGCUGGUGGCAGUUUGAACAGCUGGAACUUAAUCUUCUUCCAUUCAGUUUUGCUGCACUGUUCUUUUUCUGUCUUAACCUUUUCCUUCCUUUUAUUGUGACUUGUUUAGUAAUUUUUAAAUUGUUUAAAAUGGUAGUUUCAAAUAAAGUUUGGACUUGUCUGUAAGUUCAUCUUCAGAAAAAUUUUACUCUGGCUUACAAAAUGGUAUGCAGAGUUUGGUGUUGGAAGUUAACUAACUUUAAUCUUGGAAUGCUUAUAGCAGCCUGUUACUUAGCUUCAGAGAAACAUUGCUGAUUUUCCUGGGACAAGAAACUCUUGUCCCACAGAGUUUAUCUUCUACAAAUAUAAGGUGUUGGCACAAUAUGUGCCUUACCUGUUCCUUUUAUAGCCUAGAGUAUAGGUGGUCUGUAACAAACAAACCAAACAAAAAAAUGUUCCUGUGGAAUUCAUGUCUAUUAGCCCACUUACUUAACCUGAGGUGAAAUAAAUACCCUAGGUUUGUAGUUAACUGAAGAAACCAACUCUGGUUUUCCGCAUUUUCUGUAUUGACUUUCAAUGUGCAAAGGAAUAAACCUGUCUGAAGAAUUUAGUGUUGUUACAGUUGCUGCAAUAGGAACAGAUUCUACAGGUUUUCAAACUUACUGACUGUGAAGAGUUUUAACAUUGAAAGGAAGAAACUUAGGAAAUUCAUGUUUAAAAAACCUCAAACAGUUAAAGUCAGCUUCUGCUGAAGUUUCAUGGUAAAGGCAGGACUAGGGUUGUAGGAAAGUAGAUUGGAAAAAUUGAAUCAGAACAAACAUUUCCUUCACUCUUUAAGAUCAGAGCUGCUAAUAAAAGGAAGUCAUAAAACAGAGCUAGAAAUAGCUUAUUUGGCAUGUCUAUCUGCUGCAUUACAGAGAUCCAUUUACCUUAAAAACAAAGUUUUCCUGAAAGUGGUUAAAAAGUAGUGGUGAUCUUUCUUUAAUUCAGAAUUGUCUUCCUUUUGAGGUCACUGUAAUAAUAUGGCUAUAUACUGUGGAAAACAGUCUAGUGUCAGUGAAGCCUAAAUAUGCCUGAAGUUUGAAUAAAAAGGAGAGUGUGA